AUGACCACUUUUGUGUCUUUUCAGCCUCUUUGGCCUGUGCUCACCACUCCUACGGGCCAGCUUAUUGUGGAUAAUACUGUGCCCGUAACACUUCGACCCUCGUCGGUCUCCGGCGUGACGAUGCCUCAACAACAGACUGGUAUAGGCAGUCCACAACACCCACGAAUGGCCACUGGUACUGAGCCUUCAACAACAACAACCGCACCUGAUGCAUCACAUCUGGUCCAGUCACCAGGCCAAAAUGGGAACCAGGAAAACGCAAAUGACUCAUCGUGCACGAAUGUCGUACUUCGACCGCGCCGUCCAGGGCCCCCUCCGCCUGAGCGUCGAGAUAGCAUGCUCCCUCGACCAGCUUCCACUCCAAGUCAGCAUUCAUCGGAAGGUGACAUCAAUCGAUCGUCAAAAGGUUCACAGUUCGACCAGAGCCCCGUUGUUCAACCAACCAUGUUGGAUUCAGGAGCUGAAGAUGACGGGUCCGGCUCCCCUCAAUCCGCGCAUACUGCACAACGCGUGCCCCACCCGUUGGCCAUGGGACUAAUUACCGGGCCUAAUGGUGUCAAUUCAGCCUCUUGUCUCAGCCUAGCAGCUCGUGGUCGAAGUGCGUUAAGCAGACGUAGUUUGUUCGCUGCUGACUCACAGGACGCUUCAGAUGCGGACGACAGUGAUCGGGACCGUUUACGCGGUAGUCAGAGCGACUUUGAGAAAGUAGGCCCAGGNAGGCUUAGAAAACGGAGCAGACGAAGUUGA